UAUAUAUAUAUACCCAUUCCUGAGGUCCAUCCACCCCAGUAGUGUAUACACGCAGUUAAAGACUGAGUACUCAGCAGUGUGUGUGUGUGUGUGUGUGUUAUUGAGACUACCUGGAGCGAUGCCGCAGGUGGGAGUACUGGUUUUUCUCGCCCUCCUCCUGUGGAUGUGUGUGUUGGGCCAGGAACCUGCCUCCAAGGUGGUGGCGGACCGGUAUGCCGUCUACUGGAACCGUACGAACCCCAGGUUCUACAGAGGAGACUACCACAUCGACGUGUGUAUAAAUGAUUACCUGGAUGUGUACUGUCCGCACUACCUGGAGUCGGUGCCGGAGGAGCGCACCGAGCGCUACAUGCUGUACAUGGUGAACUACGACGGCUACAGCUCCUGCGAUCACACGGCCACGGGCUUCAAACGCUGGGAGUGCAACCGGCCCCACUCUCCCAACGGACCCCUGAAGUUCUCCGAGAAGUUCCAGCUCUUCACGCCGUUCUCACUGGGCUUCGAGUUCCGGCCGGGCAGAGAGUACUACUAUAUCUCCUCCACAGUGGGUGAGAACGGGAGACGGACGUGCCUGAGGCUGAAAGUUUUUGUCAGACCAGCGAAUAACUGUGUGAAAACAGUCAGCGUUCAUGACCGAGUGUUCGAUGUGAACGACAGAGUGGAUAACUCUAUAGAGCCACGAGACGAUACGAGCCACGAAUCGGCCGAGCCGUCCAGAGGAGACGUCAACUCUGCCGGGAGCGUACGCCUGGACGUCCUGCUGCUAGCCUCGGCCCUGCUGCUGGUGGCCUCUAUAGUAUCAUCGUCUUCAUCAUCUUUAUAGCGGCCCUGCAGGAGCCAGAACAGGUCCUGAAACCUUACGCGCUGGAGGACUUGGACUCGUAAACGAGCACUUUUAUAGUAGACACCGGAGCUCCUCAUUACCUUGACGGAGAUUCAGAACUUGGGCUUCUAACAAGACGAGGCCAAAAGCGUUCUGAGCAAGAAGGAGCCUUUCUCUCAUUGGCCAGCGGCGUUACUGGGUGGAUUUCUGUUAAUAUAUACCCUCGUCCUUCUCUAACAGCCUUCUAACUGACACACAGGAACCAUACGUGUGCCCACACACACUCUUAUAUAGAUAUACACACACUUGCAUCGUUUUUUUCUUUUCUGUUUCUUUCAUCAUGAUCCUAAAUAUACUUCACCCCUCUGAGAGCUUUUCCUGGAAGAGAGGGUGGAAAAAGGAAAACGGACAACAGGAAAAUACGCCACCAACUGAAUAUACUUGAUAGAAUGUGAAGAAAAAGUCAUCAUUGUCGCAUUAAGGCGAGCGAGAGCAAUGUUGGAGGACUCCAUCGCCGCCAGGUUACUGCGAGUUCAUAAAGCCACAUUAUGUUGAAAAUAGAUCUAAAUAUCUAUCCACUGGAAACGUGGGGCGACAAUUUCGGACUUUGGAUUUGAGGACUGCAGAUACAGCUGUUUACAAGCUCCAACUGGAGCCAGUGGAGAUCAACAGCAAAUCUUUCUUUAUUAAAAUAAUACAAAAAAUUUAAAUAAAGAGAGAGACUGCGUGUAAAAAUGGGUGAUAUAAUUUUUUUUGGUUGUUUUUUGUAAUGUGGAAAGGCACUGAGGACUCUCUCUCUUGUUCUCUCAGAGGAACGGUAGUUUUUCAAGAGUUUUCUUAACAGAUAAAAAAAAAAAAGCACUCAUUUUGUACAUUGUGUACAGUCACGCGGGAAUAAAUAAGAAGUGGAUGCUGUAUUCUUGAAGUUCUUGAAAGGUGAAUUGCUCAGAAAUCAAGUGUAGUAGAUUAAAUUGCUAUUUUGCUAUUUUGUUAUAGAGCCUCACUGAUGAUGGCUGAUUGAUUAAUUGUUUAAGUGAAUACACUAAUUUUUUUUGUCGAAGUGAAAAACACUCUUUCCUCCCCUAUUAUUAUUUAUUACUGCUCAGUACUCUCACACACACACACACACUGAAUCCUAACUUGAAUCGGCUACAGUGGCAAUCAGACCACCAGCUGAAUCACACCACUACAUAAUAGGGCUGCACGGUAUUAGAAACAUUUAACAUUGCAUAUGUUCUUUUUUUCGUGGAUAUAAAUCGCAGUACCAGUAAUCAGCUCUUUAAUCAGGCAUUUAAAUGGCUUUUUAAAAGGUAAAUAAGAGCGUUUUUCUAAGGUGCACAACUUGCGACAUGUGCGUUUACUCCCCUUUGCAGUUCUCAGGCAGCAGCAGCCUGUCACUCACACAGACACAGAGACAGCGCUGUGUAUCUACUUCUUGUGUCAAGAAUCAAAAACAUUGCAACAUGACGCGUUUGAUUUAAUUGCCAUCACACGUCCUGCGAUGUGACUAUUGCGCAUGUGUACAUCACGACGACGAUGAUGCUUAAACAAUAUAUUGUGCAGCCCUAACAUAUAAAUACAUUAACACCCCAAGGCCAAUCUUUAACCUCAACCCAAUCCUCAGCACUAACUCAGAGUAGCCAUAAUCCAUGCAUUCAAUCUGAACUGAGACAUCCCUACAGACUGAUGUCACAGUAUUGUGGGAUUAUCAGUUAUUUUAAUCUAUUCACAGAUCAACAGAUACACUAUCACACAUAUCAGGGAAGAAGAGAGAAGGUGAGAAGGUUAUGCCAUGCCUUGCUAUCGUGUUUGCCUGUGGUUGUUUCAAUGCAAAGCGAAUUGAAAUUGUCUUUUUUUUUUUAUUGUUUAACUGGGGUCCAUUUAUUGACAUAGAAUUGUCCAUAGAAUUGUUUUAUUUACAAUACCAUUGUCUGUUGUCUUUAAUCCCGAAACCAAUAAAUUUUCAUUUAAUGCAGUGCAUUUCAAAGCA